GAUCAGCGGUCGUCGCCGCGUCAUGUUGGGAAAAAGUUGUGGAAAAAAAUGGAUAAAUCGAAAAGGGAAAUGUAUUCGAAAGCAUAAUAUCAACCGCAAAAGUUGAGCUGGCAGUGCCAUAAAGAACAUUCAUCCGAAUUUGAUUAGUAGCGAAAUAUGCUACAGAAAUACGGCCACAUAAUGCCAAGCUGUCAAAUUAAAAACUUGUCAAGGCAAGGAAAAUAUUAACUAAUUGCUCUAAGGCGGAUUUGGAUAGUUCGAAUAUUUAAAAGCAACAAAGAUGGAUAUAACAAUACCAUCGAGUGAUGAGGUGUACAUCAUUUCGGAUUCCGAUGAUUCGAGAGAUGAUAUAAUACAAGAGCUUAUGAAAAUGGAGGAAGCCAAGGAGAAAAAUAAAAACAAGGAGCCCCAAAAGUCGAAGAUCGAAUCCAGCCAGAUAAAAAUGAACAAAUGGUAUUUGAAAGAAUUUGAAGACCUUAUGGGUCUAGAAAUUGCAGGCUCCGAUGAUGAAGAGGAUUCAGAUGAUCUUAAGAGCGAAAAAUCGAGCAGCUCGGAAUCCGACAAGAUAAGUGAUUCGGAUGAUUCCAACUCAGAUGGAUCUUCCACCGAAUGGAUUAACACUGUAAAGAAUGUUAAUCUAUUUGCAUUCAAUAAAAGUUCUGAAGAUACCAAACCAAAAGCUUCCGAAGAACUCCCUUCAAUGCCAGUUUUUAGUGGUCCGAUGCCAUCGAUGCCGAUUUAUGACGCGGAAACCUGUCAAUUUGAAAUGGUGGCACCCAUCAAGCAACCUGAUUUAAUUAGGGAAGAAACUGGAGCAAUGAUGCCAAAUGAGUUGGAUAAAUCAGAUUCUGAGUUGGAAAAAGAAAAAUAUCAUCCCGAGGAGGAAGACAACACCAUGGACAGUAACUCCAGUUCCAGUUUUAGUUUUAGCAGUUUACUUAACCUAAGUGAUAGUGAUGAUGAGGAUGAUUAUGAUCAAACAGAUUUUGAUGAACAGCAUAAGGAGAAUAAACCAACUUACUGGGAGGAAAUGUCAUCACGCCCCGUCGACAGGGGUGAAAUUUCUCAAGAAGAACUAAUGGCUAUUUUAAAUGAAGACGACAGUCUGACAAAUCCGAUGAAAGGCUCAAAUUCUCCAGAUCAUCGAAGUGAUUGUGAUGUCGACGGAGCUAUUAAGAACCGUGAUGGCUUAGAUUUUUACGAGGAUCGCGCUCAGUUUCCGGAAAACAGGGAAAAUGUUAGCUUGUUGGUUAUGAAAGAGGAUUCGGUUUUCGCCGAAUACGAAUUAGUCGUGAAGAAACUUAUUAAGCUGAUCCAAUCGGCACCAAGUCACUACAAAUACGAGAUAUAUAUACUUUUAUAUCCAUUGAUGGCCCUCACCUAUCUGCAAAUGAUGGCCAGUGAUAAGAUACACAGAGCAAGGAUGUUUCUGAUUCGCUUUCAAGACCAUCUCGAUGAUUCAUAUAUACCAAGACUAAUGAAGCUCAGAGAAAUUUGCAGGCCCGCAGAAGUUCCAAAUAAGGCACAGAAAUUAUUGACAGGCCAUGAAAAGGUGAAAAUUGAAAUGUCGGAGGGAGCUUUUCGCCAGUUACUAUUUUGCUCCGAGGAAUGGACUAGAGGUCAGCAGGAAAAGUUGCUGAGCCAUUUUCAAAUACAAUCUUAUAGUGAAGAUGGCCAGCCCCAGCAGCGAUUUGCCCCGGGACAGCCCAUUUUGGAACCGAUUUAUUACGGUGCUCCAGAGCCCUUGCAUAAAAAGGACUUCGCCGCUCGACCUUUUUUUCAAAAACGCCGCAGGAAGAGGAACGAACCCCAAGCGUUAAAGAAUCUACAUUUGCCACCGGUAAGUAGGGUAUAUAAUCCGAACCCCAAGAGAAUGGAUUUACUUCACAUGAAGAAUGAUGAGCAGCAUCGCAUGAAACUCGAUCGGGACAACCUGCCCUCGACGUAUUUGUAUACAACUUCACCUUCCGAUGAGGUCGUGAUUUGUGCCAACUUCUCGGAGGGCAUUAGCAUGUUGGCUCUGGGAACUGUAUCCUCUAAGGUAUUUGUUUUCUCUCUGAAGCCCUCGAAGUUGGUUCAAGUGAAAGCAGCACAAUGGCUGAAAGUUCUGGACACCGGAAUGGCUGGGGUUGAUAAGGGUAUGCUAGAUCCCACGAAGAAAUUCACCAGACGUACCCUGUACGGACAUCAAGGACCUGUCUAUGGUUGCUCCUUUAAUCCGGAGGAUCGCUUUCUGCUCACUUGUUCCGAGGAUUUUAGCAUUCGCUUGUGGUGCCUUCUGUCCUGGAGUUGUGUGGUUAUUUUUCCCGGCCACCUGGCGCCAGUUUGCUUUGUGGUUUUCGCACCAAGGGGAUAUUAUUUCGCCACCGCAUCGGACGAUUGUACGGCUAGAGUUUGGAUGCAGGAUAAUAGGAAACCCGCCCGAGUUCUGCAAGGACAUUUGGCCGAGCUCGGGGUGUGCUUAUUCCAUCCAAAUCGUCACUACAUGGCCACUGGAUCUGCUGAUUGCACUGUUAGGAUCUGGGAUAUUGUCAAGGCUGUGCAAGUGCGACUUUUUCGUGGUCACAAAAGCAGGAUAACCGCCUUGACCUACUCCAUUUGCGGUCGUUAUUUGGUUUCUGGUGGCGAUGAUAACCUAAUUAUGAUUUGGGACACAGCCAACGAGAUUUUGAUGCAGUUCUUUGACCAUCAUAAGGCCACCAUUAACACCAUGGAGAUCGCUUUGGAUAAUAACUUAUUGGUUGUGGGUGGCCAAGAUUGCCAGCUGACCAUGUGGGACUUCGAACAAGUGGUUAAGAACUACUUGAAUAGGGCAAAGUCAUCCAGAGUGAAAAACCAGGAGGCAAGUCAAGAAUCGAGUGACAAACAUUUGCUUGCUAGCUCAUUUCGCAGCAAGGGAACACCAUUUUAUCUGAUCCGCUUCAGCCGUCGCAAUCUUCUACUGGGUUUCUGUGUGGCUGCUCGAGACUCCGAAAAUGAUGUCCUUGGCGUGAAGCCUAGUCAGCGCAAGGAGGAUAAGAAUAAAGAACUCGGCGAGUGGCUGGAUUUUCUGGAUACCAUCAAAUUGAAGGCCUGUUUCGAUCUGAAGGACGAAAUUCAUUUGGAUACUUCACAGGUGGAGAAGGAAAACAAAUCCUAA